AUGUUGACGAAUGAACGUGGGAAUUGGACUAAGUCGUCUUCGCCAACCCCGGCACCUGGGAGAGCAGCUGCAAACUUGGUUCUUGGCACUCCUGUCGGUGCACAGACAUAUGUUCAGGAGCGGUGUGCAGAUAGGGGCGACUACGCUUCUCCUAGCAAGUUUCAGGACAACCUCAGCAGCCUCCUCCCCAGGGGCAACUCCGCUGAUUACAGCAAAGGACCCAUUCGCGGUUUCUACAACACAACAGAAGGUGAAGAUCCAGACAAAGUUUAUGGUCUCUUCCUCUGCAGAGGGGAUGUUGCCUCCGAUCUCUGUCAGACUUGCAUCCGUAACGCUAGCAGCACCAUCAUAGACAGAUGUCCAGGACAGAAAGAGGCAACCAUAUGGUACGACGAGUGUCUCCUGCGCUACUCUAACAGAUCGUUCUUCUCUUUCAUGGAGACAGAACCGAUUAUUUUUGUUAUCGACCCUGAGAGCAAUUCAGUUACCUUCAACAAGAUUGUGGAGCAAACUUUCGAUAACGAGGACUUUGCAGCAAAAGUGACAGAUUUGUUCGUGAGAAAUGUCACGGACAAUGCGAUCUCCUCGGAAAGCUUAUACACAACCAUAAACGUUAGUGUCUCAAGUUCAGUGACCCUGCAUGAGCGUGCACAGUGCACCCCUGACAUCUCAAAGUCAGCUUGUAAGAGUUGCUUGCUUUCUGCUGUCAAAAAUUUUUCUACCGCUCUUAAUCUUAAAAGGGGAGGUGCGAGAAUUCUUCAGCCAAGUUGUUAUGUACUGUACCGAAUGUAUUUUGCUGGGGAACCUGGAGGACAAGCACCAGCACCUUCUGCAACCAGUAAAGGGCUCAAACGAAUUCCAUGGAUUACAAUAGUUAGCUCAGUAAUAGGAUCGGGGUUACUAAUAAUCAUCGUGGGUUCGUGUCUUUUCUUUAUGAGGAAAAAGAGAUUGAAGAAAGAGAUGGAAGACAGCCAAGAGGUUCAGUUACUUCAUCUACGACAAGAAAUUGGAGAAGAGUUUUCAAAGGAAAACUCUCGUGGACUGGCGGGUUCUCAAGAAUUAUCUCUGAUGCGAUUAGACAUCAUACGAGCAGCCACAGGAAACUUCUCCGAUGAAUGUAAACUUGGGGAAGGGGGUUUGGUUCUGUGUACAGGGGCACAUUGGCAGAUGGAAAAGAAAUUGCAGUUAAGAGGCUUUCAAAAACCUCAGGCCAAGGACUCAUCGAGUUGAAAAACGAAGUCAUCUUGAUUGCCAGACUACAACACAGGAACCUUGUCCGAUUAUUGGGAUGCUGCUUGGAAGAAGAUGAAAAACUCUUGCUAUAUGAAUACUUGCCCAACAAAAGCCUUGAUGCCUUGCUUUUUGGUUUGAGCUUUAGCA